CUUUUUUUUUGUCUGACCUUUUCCUCUUUCCUCGUUUGUCAAGCUCAACCAUUGCGAUGGGCAACCUUUCAGUGUUCCUGCUCCUCUGCGGUCUCCACGCACUCACAGGUGUCGUCCAAGCCCAGAAGAUCGAGACCACCGAGGCACCCGCCGGGACCGUCCCGCCAGCCAACUGCAGGGAGGAGAUGUACCUAUGCACCAGGAUGUACUCGGUCCAUCGGCCCAUCAAGAGAUGCGUGGGCGAACGCUGCAUUUACAGCCGCCAUCGCGUCUACGUGAUCAACAAUGAGAUUUGCACCAGGACGCUGUGCGAAUAUGAGGAGAACCUCAAAGCCGAGCUGUGCCGAGAGUUGUCCGGGUGGCCCAAGCGUAUCCAGAGGUCAUCGAAUAGGAAACGCUGCCGCAAUCGCCGUGGCAACCCUCAAACCUGGGCAAACAAGGCCCGGCGGGGGUCUCGGGCAUAAUUGCGUCAAAGUCCAGGUGGGAGCCCCGUCGACAUGGAACUGCGGGGACGUUGUCAGCAAAACAGUCCACAACACUAUAAAUCUCACGCUCAAUGCCGGCGGGGGCCGUUCCCCCCCCCCCACACACACACACACGUGCAUGCGUGUGCUGAGUCACAUCGAUGUUUAUGUGCCCUCACUUUUCAUUGCCCGUGACGAGCGUGCGUUUCACGGAUGGUGUCGGGCAGGUUUAAUGGCCCCUUUCAAAAAGGGGCCACGGAAAGCCGGCAGAGCAUGGAUGCGCUAUCCUGGAUACCCAACCGAAAAGGUCCAUGUAUGUUGUACUCACGUGCGAGACGAUUCGGUGGAAUGACGUCUUCCGAGCAACGCUUAUUCCGCUCCCGGUGCCCCAUCGGGCCACCUACAGAAAACCAUUGGAGCAGUUAUUCCAUCGACUUAAUCUACAGCUAAAGGCCCAUGUACUCGAAUGUGCUUCGACAAUUGACUCACCGGUCCCCACCGCCCCCCUCCUACUACUAGUGCCACUUAUUAGUACUAGUAUGAAACCUAACUAUGGAACAUUCUUUGAUAUUCUUGAUAUCUGGCUUCAGGGCCAUCUAGCUUCCCAAGCAGGACUUUGGCAUUCUAGUAGGACCUCUGCAUGAGAGCGACGCUCCUAGUGAAGCAUUUGUUGCAGAGUUUAGGAUGCGUAACAUGUCGCCGCGCUACCAGUAUGUCAACGUUGUCCUAAGAUGGAGGACAAAGAGUGGACUUGUGUACGGACAUGGCAGACUCCCAAUUGACUCUGUACAACUUUUUUGGGAUUGGUUUUUUUUUUGUUGGAGGUUUUGGGCAGUUCCAUAUGCCUCCUAAUUUUCAUGGCUCGAGAUGAAAUUUUCCAACAAAAGGUGCGUUGUUAAAAAUAUUUAGGGGGCACUACUGAGCCAUUUUGAAGAAAUUGCCCAAUAACGCUCCAACAUUUAUUUAUUUAUUUUUUUUACCUAACCCAACUAUUACCCUAUUUUCCGCGCUAUUAAGUCGCACCGAAAAGCAUUCAAUUUUCUCGUAAUCUUCUGUAAAACGCUUCGUUAUAGCUACAGCGGUUGUGAAAGCUCGAUGUUAAAAAAAAAAAAAACAUAACAAAGCUGCAAUGUCUUGUAUUCUCUUUAGCGGAGCUCCAUCUAGUGGACGCACAAUACAACCACAUCCAUUUUUUUUUUUUUGCCGAGCUUGAUGUAAUUCGCCUCGGAUUAUACCCACAAAAACAGCAUCAUUUUCCUUUGCAAAGAGCGCAUCGCCACGGCAACGGACCGAAUUCCCACUGGUGGGGGAAACAACUUUGUAGACAAAACAUCUAUGAGUGGGCUCAAUUGAGUACAAUGGGCAUAUGGACCUGAAGUUGGAUAUCGACGAUAGCAAAUAAAUGCUUCAUCAGCUUUUUAGAUCAAGUCUAGUCAUCACCCAAAGCCCCCCCCCCUUUGACAUUGGAAGGUGCUAAUUCCUAAUCCAUGACGCAUUACACGCACCGUUGAUCAUACCGACACUUGAUUUUGUUUCCUCACGCAUUUUUCUUUGUUGAAGAAAUAAAGUACAUCCAAGUUGCA